CCCACAGCUUUUUUCAACGAACCCUAAUUGUUAUUCUUUUCUUAUUUCCUUUUUCAAUUUGUUGAUAAGAGAAACUUCUUCGUCUUCUAUGUCUUCUUCUUCUAUGUCUUCUUAUCAAUUUCAGUUCAAUUUGAUCACAGUGUCAUCGCUUCCUUGAGCUUGCUUCACUUCCCUGAAAAUUUUGAGAAGAUAUCUCGAGUUUAUCUGUGUCAUGGUUGCGGUUGAUUCCACUUUUCCUAGCCAUGGUAGCUCUUAUUCUAGUAGAAGGAAGAAAGUUUCUGCUUUGGAACCGAAUUAUUUCGGUUCAAUGUGUAUGGGAGUUUACAGUGAUGAUGUUUCAAUCUCUGCAAGAGAAGUAGCUCAAGAUUACUCUUGUGACAGCUGUGGUGAUUUGGCUACUGUAUCUUCCGCUUGUUGCAAUUUUGAUGAACUGUGUGGUUUGGAUUCAGCCUUGGAGAUGGGAUGUCGUUCAAAUGAAGACUGUCGUGCGGGUCAAGAGGCUUCUGGUAGUGGCAUAGCUUCAGGUCUAGACAAGAGUGUUCCAGGGUAUACCAUGUAUGCAAGUGGUUGGAUGUAUGGUAAUCAGCAAGGUCAGAUGUGUGGCCCUUACACGCAACAGCAGCUAUAUGAUGGGCUAUCAACUAACUUCUUACCGGAGGAUCUUCUUGUAUAUCCAAUUAUCAAUGGUUAUACUGCAAAUUCUGUACCACUUAAGUACUUCAAGCAGUUUCCAGAUCAUGUCGCUACUGGCUUUGCAUAUCUACAAAAUGGAAUAAUAAGUGUAGCCCCAUCUGUUACUUCAUUUCCCCCUUCUAGUAGUAAUGCUACAGUCCAUCAAGAUGAGAUUCAAACAGAGCAUGCAACUUCUGCUACUCAUUUGAUCUCCCAUCAGACGAUGCCUCCACAGACAAGUUCUAAUGGUUCUGUUUUAGAUCAGCUAACACUAAACCACGAGGAAUCAAAUAUGUUAGCUUCAUUCCUCUCAUUGGGAAACGAACAUGCUUGCUGGUUUCUCGUUGAUGGUGAAGGUAGAAAUCAUGGUCCACAUUCUAUAUUGGAGCUUUUUAGUUGGCAGCAGCAUGGAUAUGUUUCAGAUGCAGCCCUGAUACGUGAUGGUGAAAAUAAGCUUAGACCAAUCACAUUAGCAUCGUUAAUUGGUGUAUGGAGGGUGAAAUGUGGUGAUGCUAAUUGUGACGAGCCAGUGACUGGCGUGAACUUCAUAUCCGAAGUUUCGGAAGAACUCUCUGUUCAUCUUCAGAGUGGAAUAAUGAAAAUAGCUAGAAGAGCUCUACUCGAUGAAAUCAUCAGCAGUGUGAUUUCAGACUUUCUGAAGGCCAAGAAAAGUGAUGAGCAUCUCAAGUCUUAUCCACCCACUUCUGCUGUUGAAUCCAUAUCGUCUCGGGUUAUUAAUGCGGAGAAAAGUGUUGUCUCAAACACUGAAUCUGCAGGCUGUAAGAAUACAAUGAAUGAGGGGGGUCAUAGUAGUAUAGCUGCAGAGUCGUCCAAAUAUACUAAAUCUGUUGGAAGCAUUGAGAACUUUCAGACAUCUUGCUCAGCUGUGUGUAGAACGCUUCACCACCAUUGCAUGCAAAUCAUGUGGAAUGCAGUCUUUUAUGAUACUGUGGCAACUCAUUCAUCAUGUUGGAGAAAGAACAAAAUUUGGUUUCGGUCUUCUGAUAUCUCGACUGUUAAUUACUGCAAAGGUUCCCAUACAAAGUAUUCAGACAAACCUGAAUCAUUUGAGAGUUUUACUUGUAGGGUGGAUUCCUCUUCCUCUAAAACUGCUUACUCUGAUGAAUUCGACUUAGCUACCAAUGGAGCCAGAGUUCGUGGAUUGUCAUCAGAUACUUAUGGAACGGAAAGUGUCAUAGCAAGCAUCUCAGAACAUGUUGAAAAUGAACUCUUUCUGUCUCUUAAAACUCACCUAACUGAUUAUACUAGUAUUCUCAUUAAAGAUGGAGCGAAUAAUACUACUAGUAGUGCACGAGAUGGCAAAAUGCAUGAGGAAAACCCGCCAUCUCUUCAGGGUUCCUUCCGUGAGCAGUAUAAUUUGGAAGGGUCUAGUAAAAAGAAGAAUGGCUUAAAUGUGGUUCCUGCUAAGUUGCGGUUUUCCAAUGAUUUCAGUGAUUCUCAGAGACUGUUGCAAGAGGGAGAAUCCUCCGAGCAAAUCACAUCUGAAGAUAUUAUUGCUAAUAUUUUUAGUACAGCAUUGGAGACAUCAGAUAUUCCUGUUAAUGAUGAACUUGAUGCUCUGGCCAUUCAUGAGCCACCACCACCUGGAUGUGAAAGCAAUAUUAAUAUGCCAUGUCUGCGCUAUAAGUAUCAGCCUGUUAGGUCCAAGGAAUCCAUUCCAGAGAUUAAAGCAUAUGUUUCAAUGGCAUUAUGUAGACAGAAGUUGCACAAUGAUGUUAUGAGAGAUUGGAAAUCACUGUUCUUAAAGUGUUAUCUCAACGAAUUCCUUGCUUCACUGAAAGGAAGCCAUCAAGUUUCUCGUAAAGAAACAUUGGCACUGAAGAAGCGCAAAACUGUUACUCGGAACAAAAAGCUGGUACAGUCUAAUAUAUCAAAUCAGACAGCAGAAAAGCUAAGGAAACCAUGUGUCGGAGCGUCUGAAAAAGUUCUGGUUAAACGAUCUAAGAAACUGUCAGAUUCUCACUCCAUGAAAGAAGUCCUUAAAGUCGAUACACCCAGUAUAGAUUUGUCAGUUCGGAAACCAAGUCAACAGAAGAUGAGGAAUACUGACCGGCGGGAUCAUUGUAUCAUAAAGGAUGCGACGAAGCUCCAUAAAGAAAAGGUUGGUAAAGAUGCGUUUAGUAAGGUGAUCUGUGAUAAAAGCCAAGAUCUUGAAAUGGAAGAUGAAUUUGAUGACGCACUCCUUAUAACAAGACUAAGAAGAAUAUCUAGGAAUAAAACAAAAGAGUUAAGAGAAUGUAGAAACGCUGCAAAAUCAUGUGAGGAGAUUUCAGUGACUGCUGAGGAAUCUGAGGAAACCGUUGACUGCAAAGAUCAUGAGGAGAGUCUUUCAAAUAAGCCUUCUCAGAAAGUGAAAAAAGCUCAUACAUCAAAGCUAAAGAGAAAGAAUCUGUCAGAUGCUAGAGACGAAGGUACAAAAUCUUGCAAUGGAGCAGUCAAAAGUUUUACUGAGAUUUCUGGAAAGGAGGGUGAUACAGAAAGCCUUGGAUUAGCAAUCAGUGACAAGGUUUCCCAUCAAAAUCUCAGCAAGAGACGGAAAAAAGAUGCAGCGAAGAAUGGUCAGGAUAUGUCAAACCCUACUGGUAAUCCUCCAAGACUCGCUGAAGGAAAAAAGUUUGUGGAAAAGUCUGCGUGCAGUAUAUCACAGAAGGGCCGUAAGUCGUCCCAAUCCUCAAUUCUAAAAAGAAAGCACCAGUUGGAUGAAAAAAUCUCCAAUGUACCUUCACGUCGGAGGUUAUCUCUCUCUUCCACGGAUUCUGAGGAUGCUGUUAUUAAGGAAGACUAUGAUGUUCGAAAUGAAGAGAAGCUUCCCUGUCAUACAUCAGAUAAGCUGCAAAAAGUAGGUCCAAAUAAAUUGAUACGUAGAAGGAAGCCAUUAGCAAAACAUACAACAGAACGUUCUCCAAUUAAGGAUUUGUCAGUGGAUGAUGGCAGGCCUAAGCCGAUUGCAUUAAAACCAUUGGAAAAACUGAGUUCGAAACCAAGCAAGAAAAAGCUGUUUUUGUCAAUCCCAAAGUCUGAUGGAUGUGCACGCACAUCUAUUAAUGGUUGGCAUUGGCAUGCAUGGUCAUUAAAGGCCAGUGCUGAAGAGAGAGCCCGUGUUAGGGGAAGUUCUUGCGUACACAUGCAACAUUUUGGUUCCAAAAGUAGUUUGACUCAGAACGUUCUUUCUGCAAGAACUAAUAGGGCAAAACUGCGUAAUCUUUUAGCUGCUGCAGAUGGGGCUGAUGUCUUGAAAAUGUCUCAGUUGAAGGCUAGGAAAAAGCAUUUACGGUUUCAACAAAGCAAGAUUCAUGAUUGGGGUCUUGUCGCACUUGAACCGAUUGAAGCUGAAGACUUUGUGAUCGAAUAUGUUGGAGAGUUGAUACGUUCUUCUAUAUCUGAGAUACGUGAACGCCAAUAUGAAAAGAUGGGAAUAGGAAGCAGUUAUCUUUUCAGGCUUGACGAUGGCUAUGUGCUUGAUGCCACAAAGCGAGGUGGCAUAGCGAGGUUUAUCAACCAUUCAUGUGAGCCGAACUGUUACACCAAGAUUAUAAGCGUAGAAGGUAAGAAAAAGAUAUUCAUUUAUGCUAAGCGGCAUAUAGACGCCGGUGAAGAAAUAAGUUACAACUACAAGUUCCCAUUGGAGGACGACAAAAUCCCCUGUAACUGUGGAGCGCCAAAGUGCCGUGGAUCGCUAAACUAAAAAGAAGGACGUGGUUUUCAAGACGAAACUGAAUCGGGUGUGUCUUAUCCGCGGUUUUCAGAGUUUACCGGGAGAGAAGGAUGAUGAAUCUCUCUUUUGCAAAUGCAUCUCCUGCAGCAGAUGAGUCUCCUCUCUUUCAAUUGAGAACUGUAACUAAUUUUUGUCCCACAUACUAACACUUAGAAAUAGUUAUUUUCCUUUUAACACAUAUUUUUCUUUUCCUUUUGUUGUUGUUGGCGUUAACAAGACAAGAUAUAUUAUAAUCAAGGCCAAUUUUUAAACAAAUCUUGUUUAUAAUAAUAGUCCUUCAAACAAAUGAGCUGAAUCUUGUGUGUGUCCAACGGAACAAGAGGUUAUUUAUUGUUAAUCACCAUUUUUGGCUAUCCAUUUACAAAGAAAUGCAACUUAAACAAAUCAGGUCUUUGUGAUUUGGACAGAAAUAAAGGAUAAGAGAUAUGGUCAGUGUUAAAGUUCAAUGAAAGCAAAGAGGUUUUAAUUUUUUUUUAGCAUAUAAUUUUCUUCUUCUAUGUAGGUUGUGUUAUUAUGUCAUGUUUGGUAUUUAUAUCAAAUUUUAAUGUUUGCUUUCGUUUGCAGGAAUCGUAAAUAUUAGGACUCUCAAAUAUCCAUUUCCUCACUUUAUAUGGUACGUCUAAUGUUAUUUUGUAUUUUCUCUUGUUUUUUUUUCUUACUAUUCCAACUUAUUGGACACUGGCACAGAGAGAUAUCAAGUUUAUAUCAGAUGAUUUGGUGAUUUUAGUUACUUCAUCAGAAUCUAAAUUGGGACUGAUACAGUAGAAAAAUUAGGAGCAUCUUUGUGAAAAGCCCCAAGUUGUUUUGCCAUGAGAUUGUAAUAGUUUAAAACGUCUCUUAUAUGUACAAGCUAUUUUAGCUAUGAAAACACUCUACAUGUAUCCGAAUACAAAAUCUUUCUCUUAACGAAUACUUUUGGUUUCUUUGUUUCGGAGGACAUAAAAGAAGUUUUUUUC